GAUGAGAAGAGUCAGCUCUGAUCCGACCCACACGCCUCCUGGUCCUGGAGGAGAACGGGUCCUGGAGGGGUGCGGGGGUUUGCAACCAAUGACCUUCUCAGCAGCUGACUGUGGCGCUGGGGAACCACACGGUGAUGGAGAAGGAAAACUGGGCGCAACCACGUCUGGGGAGAGAUUGCACAGCAAAGGCAAAGGAAGGAAGAGCUGCACUGUAGGGAUUUUUUCACCAUGGCCCACCCCUCUGUCACCCUUGUUGGACUGUUCAUCCUCGUGAUUGGCUCCACUGUGGCAGGGCAAUCCCAACACUACAGCGAAGCAUGGUGGUGGCAGCAUCAUGCAGUGGGGAUGUUUUUCAGCAGCAGGCUAGAGGGAAAGAUGAAUGCAGAAAACUACAGAGACAUCCUGGAUGGAAACCAACGCUCCCCAUCCAACCUGAUGGAGCUUGAGAGGCGCUGCGAAGAGGAAUGGGCAAAAAGGAAUGGGCAAAACUGCCCAAAGUUAGAUUCUGAGAGAACACCUCGAGCGGCCCCUUCAAGUGCAUGUCAGGAACACGCAAGUCUUCACAACCGCCUGGAUGUGGUGGAAAAGAAAGUGGAGGACACUGUUGGCAAGUUGGAGGCUGAGCUGGCUGCACUCCUGGAGGACAUUGAAGACCCAAAGUGGCGCCCCCUGCUGGACAAGACAGGAAAUCCUGUCGACAUCCUGGAUGACCCUGCGAGUGUUCAGUCCUAAAUCAAACACCCAUUAAGGAAUUUGACACAGUUGAAGUUUGCAUUAAUACAAUAUAUCACUUACUUAUAUGUCAGUCCUUCCAGAAUUUCACUGGCUUGAAUUUGCGGCAACUUUUUCAAAAAGUUGCGAUGGAUAACAAAAAAAUUAAAGCAAAUUUGUUAUCAAAGUAUUUUUUUGUAACUAUAACGCCUCCAAAACACAUUUUGUUUUUAACAAUAAAAAAAAUAAGCUUUAUUUUGACACAAAUUUGUGUUUACUUUGUAAAUAAAUAGUGACCUUUUAUUCCUAACUUACAAGAUGACACUAGAGGGCAGACUGCAUUAUUCUGUUUGUAUUACAAAUGCUUCCUUUUGAUGUCUAUACAUUCUCUGUUUAUGCUUUGCUUUGUAACUAUAACGCCUCCAAAACACAUUUUGUUUUUAACAAUAAAAAAAAUAAGCUUUAUUUUGACACAAAUUUGUGUUUACUUUGUAAAUAAAUAGUGACCUUUUAUUCCUAACUUACAAGAUGACACUAGAGGGCAGACUGCAUUAUUCUGUUUGUAUUACAAAUGCUUCCUUUUGAUGUCUAUACAUUCUCUGUUUAUGCUUUGCCGUUAAAAAUCUGGUCCAUCGUAAACGUUAAUAUAUUUUACAAGGAAGUUAGGCCGUGUUUGUGUAGCCAAAUGCCAAUAUACUACAUUAGUCAGAAGGCUUAGCACGUAAGACGGGGAGCCGGAUGAGGUUCUGCGCUACGAAUGAGUAGGUUUAGGCAUCGAGCGUCCUUGUGAACCGGAUCUUACAUUCCGUUUCUCCCAGAACCAUUCAAACUUUUAAAAUGUUGAUUCCCAUUAGCAUUGCUAAUCCUGCCUUCUAGAAGAAUUAGCUGCAACAGAGGCAGUUAGCAGCAAACUGAAUUUCCAAACACCGUGAGGAGCCACUCCCUCAAGUCACUAAUUGUCAAUUGCUACAAAUAAACUGCAGUUCUUUAGUAUUAUCAUCACUGAAGGACGGGGCUAAACAUGUUACGCACAAAUAAUGAGCAAGCAGGACCAGGCGAGCUAAAAGCCGAGCAAGCCAUUGAACUGUGCAUAGAACCUAGUAAACUUUAAAGGUGUCAUAUGUAAUAGUUUCAUGUCAAGUCAUCAAUAAAUGGCUCCAAUAUGUCAAAAGGCAUUAAUAAAGCAUGUUCUUUUCAAACACA